CGCGUGCGAGAAGGGCAAGCAUUGGCAGCAGGCGCUGUCGUUGUUGAGAUGCAUGCGAGAAGUAGUGCUGGAUCCCAGCCCGAUCAGCUACAAUGCUGCCAUCAGCGCGUGCCACAAGAGCGGGCAGUGGCAGCAGGCAUUGUCGCUGCUGCGCGAAGUGCCGGAGGCAGUGUUAGAACCAGACGUGAUCACCUACAGCGCCGGGAUCAGCGCGUGCGCGAAUGGUGGCCAGUGGCAGCAGGCGGUGUUGCUGCUCCGCGAGCUGCGGGACCGCAGGCUGGAGUCCUGCGUGAUCGGCUACAACGCCGGCAUCACCGCGUGCGAGAUGGGCGGCCAGUGGUGGCAGGCCCUGUCGCUCGUCGACGAGAUGCGGGGCGGGGGCCUCGAGCCGGACGUGGUCACCUGCACCGCCGCGAUCAGCGCGUGCGAGAGGGGCAAGCUGUGGCAGCGGGCGCUCGCGCUGCUCUGCGAGAUGCGGGCCGCCGGCCUCGAGCCCAACGCGCUGACCCGCAACGCUGCGGUCGGUGCGUGCGCCAGGGCCGCGCAGUGGCAGCAGGCGCUGUCGCUGCUGGGCGAGCGUCGGCGAGCGGCGUCGCAAGAAACCUGAUCAGCGUCAGUACCGCCAUCAGUGCAUGCGGGAAUGUUGGGCAGUGGCAGCACGCGUUGUCGCUGAUCAGGGAGUUGGACGAAGCGCAGGUGGGCCUUGACACGGUCAGCUACAGCGCCGGAAUCAGCGCGUGUGGAAAGGGCAGGCAAUGGCAGCACGCGUUGUCGUUGAUCAACCGGGUGUUGGAAGCAAAGCUCAUGGACGUGGUCGGCUACGGCGCCGGCGUCGGCGCGUGCGAGGCGGGCGGGCGCGCCGCGCAGGCGCUGCCGCUGCUCGGCGAGCUGCAGGGUGCAGUGGCAGGAUGUAUCGUUUCUCAGCGAGCUCCUGGAUGCGAAGUUGAACCCGAGCGUGGUCGACAACGUCGUGGUUGA